AUGUCCAAUUUUGAAAAAGAAGAAAUUUUUAACAAUCUAUUAAAAGUAGAAGUAACAAAGGUAGCUCAAGGAAUACUUGAUUAAGAAAUAAAAACUUAUAAUUUCAAUAAUAUUGAUGAAUCUUAGAAAAAAAGUAAUUCAAUCUGCGAUACAAUUUUAACGAAAUUGAAAGACCUAAAUAAUAAGCACUUUAAAUUUAUUGUUAGUUGUCUCAUUCUUUAAAAAGCUGAGUGUGGACUCAGUGUCGCAGCUUCUUGUUAUUGGGAUAAUAAUACAGAUGGAUCUGUUGCAGUAAGACAAGAAAGUGAUAAUGCUAUUUGUAUACUGAACAUAUUUGCUUGCGGAGUUUGAGG